CAGCUCCAUUAACCAGGAAGGUUUAAAUAGUAAAAAGUUACAAAGCAUUUUUAACAAAUUUAAAGAACUAGAAAAUGAGGUUGGGAAGUCCAUUGGAUGGUGUCACAUUUUACCCCAGGAUAUCCCAGUUGAGAAGUAUGAGAAUGAACUCAUAUCUCCCAUAAAAGUUCAAGACAGCCCUAUGGCAAUGAGUGCCAUUAAAGAGAGGAUGGAAAAGAUUAAGAAAUGCCUUUUCAUAGACUACAGAAAGGCCACAGAAAUUGAGAAAGAAACUAGAGAGCAAUCCUUUAAUAAGAAAUGGCACCUACAUCGACAAUACCGCAUUACAGCAUCUAAAUGCUAUAGAGCUGCUGUACUUAAACAAACAACCUCACCAACAAAGGCCAUUAAUGAAAUUUUGUAUGCCAAAUUUUCAGCAACGAAGCAAAUGAUAAAAGGACUAGAAAUGGAACCAGAAAUAAUGAAGCAAUACAUAAAGGAGCAACACAAACGUGGACAUGACAAUUUGUCUGUGUCACAGUCAGGUCUGAUUGUUGGCAAGCAUGAUGAUGGUUUCUUAGGGGCUAGUCCUGAUGGCUUGGUUUGUGAUCCCUCGAACAAUAAUGAACCUUUAGGUAUCCUAGAAAUGAAGUUCAUAGAAACAUCUGAAAAGGAAAGUUUAACAGAAGCUGUCUUACGUAAGCACAUGUGUGUCAAGCACAAACUUGACAACAGUGGUAUUACAAUUAACAGAAACCACAAAUAUUUUUACCAAAUACAGCAGGGAAUGUAUUUAUCAGGGAGGAAGUGGGCAGACUUUGUGAUUGCUGGAUCUUGUUCACCUGGUAUAUAUAUUGAAAGAGUACCUUUUGACUCUAAUUUCUGGUGCAAUACUAAGGCAAAACUUAAGAUUUUCUAUGAAGAAUUUAUUAUUCCUGAACUAGCAUAUCCAAAGAUCAAGUAUGGGCUGCCAAGAAACAAUUUCACAGGAGAUAAUUAAAUGGUGUAACUU